AUGUAUUGUCAUAUAUUACAAAAAGCAGAUGAGUUAGUUUAUAUAGACAGAACAGCUGGAUUGGAUAUUCUUAAUACUUCUCUUACAAUUCUUUUAACAAGCACAUUUGCUAGUAGUUUGCCUUUUGGUGUAAUUAUUGCUUCAGAUGAAUUAGCAAAUACUUUUACAAAAGCUCUAAAUAUAUUAAGAAGUCUGAUUUCAUCAACCAAAUUUGGUAAACAUAGGGCAACUAUUGGACUACAG